UCCAGCUUUCUGGUUUGCACUCUGGUGGGAGAGGUUAUCAUGGAGAGAGCUGUGGUGUACGUCACCCUCUUUGGGCUGCUGCUGGCUUUGGUUACCACUCUGCCAAUCAAAGAGGACUGGGACAUCUACAGCUUUCACAUCAACUCCACAGUGACCAGUCGUUAUGCCACCACUGUCAUUACAAGCCGUGUGGCCAAUCGCAUGGACGAGUCCAAGGAAAUAGAGUUCCACGUCCGGAUUCCCAAGAAUGCCUUCAUCAGUAAAUUCAGAAUGUUUAUUGAUGGGCAGCUGUACGAUGGUGCUGUGAAAGCAAAGGAGCAAGCUCAGCAAGAGUACACUGACGCUGUGUCCCGUGGCCAGAGCGCUGGGAUUGUCAGUUCUGUUGGGAGGACCCUGGAGGAAUUUAAGACUUCUGUGACUGUAGCUCCUCACAAAAAGGUGACCUUUGAACUCACAUACGAGGAGCUGCUGAAACGCCGGAUCGGCAAGUACGAGCUGCAAAUCCACGCUCGCCCCAUGCAGCCUGUCAAAGACUUCAAGGUGGAUGUGUAUAUUCACGAGAAAGCCGGCAUCAGUUUCAUUAACGUUCAAGGAGGACUGAGCACCAAAAACCUGGCUAAUGCCAUCACCAAAACACAUGCAGAUAAACAGGCGUGGGUGUAUUUCUACCCCACCGAGGACCAACAGAAAACAUGUGACAGCUGUGGAGAGCAGGGUAUGAAUGGAGAUCUGGUUGUUGUGUAUGAUGUGAACAGAAAGGCCUCGAUUGGAGACAUUAAGAAAAGUUCGGAUGGGUACUUUGUUCAUCACUUCGCUCCAUCUAAUCUUACCCGAAUAUCCAAGAACGUCGUCUUCAUUAUUGAUCAAAGUGGCUCCAUGAGUGGCAGAAAAAUUCAACAGACGAGAAUAGCAUUACUCCAUAUCUUGAGUGACCUGGCAGAAGACGACUACUUUGGUCUCAUCACCUUUGACGGCGAAAUCUUUCACUGGAAACGAGAACUUGUUCAGGCCAGCAAGGAAAACCUGGAUGGUGCCAAGGAAUUUGUACAGCGUAUAAACGAUAGAGGAGCCACGGACAUUAACCUGGCAGUGUUGGAAGGGGCCCGUAUGCUGAAUGCACAUCCCAGAGAAGGUUCAGCAUCGAUCCUGAUACUUCUCACUGACGGAGACCCAACUUCAGGUGUGACAAAUCUGGGAAGAAUAAAGUCAAAUGUAAAGGAGGCCAUUGCAGGCAAAUUCCCACUCUACUGUCUUGGUUUUGGUUAUGAUGUCAACUUUGAGUUCCUGAAGACGAUGUCGCUGCAGAACGAUGGUGUGGCGCGGCGGAUCUAUGACGACUCUGAUGCUGAUUUACAGCUGAGGGGUUUCUAUGUAGAGGUGGCCACUCCUCUGCUGACAGAUGUGACAAUGAUAUAUUUGGGUGGGACCAAUUUAACCCAGACUAACUUCAGCCAGUAUUAUGAUGGUUCUGAGAUCGUGGUGGCCGGUCAGAUCACUGACAACAACGUUGAAACCUUUAUUCCACAAGUUGUGGCCCUCUCUCGGAAUAGCAAGGUGACGUUUUCGGAAACAAACAUCACUGAAAUAGUGUCUGACGACCUCAUCCAGAGGGUUUGGGCCUACCUCACAGUCAAACAGCUUCUGGAGAAAGAGCUGCAGUUGUCUGGACCGGAGAAGGACAAAGUGAAGGAGGUGGCCUUGGAGCUGUCGCUGAAGUACAGCUUUGUGACCCCACUUACAUCCAUGGUGGUCACCAAGCCUCCAGGAGAGAGCACAGAUGUGCUUCAUAAACCAAAGGAAGGUGGUACACACACAAACCCACAGAGGGGUUCUGGAUUAGGUCUUGCAGGAGGUUCUGCAGGAGGUUCUCAUAGCUUCUUGACGACAAGUGCUAUCAUUCAACAAGCCCCCAGUAUUGUUAUGCACUCUGGAGCAGCUGGUCGCCUCCACGAUGACAGUCACAGAAGGAAAAUAUACCCUGAUUUUGGGAUGAUGCCAACUGCCGUCGAAAUGUUUUACGAAAUGGAAGAUGACGAUUUGUCUACAGUCCAUUUUCCUCCUACAAUUGUGACAGCUACUGCUCCUACUACUACUGCUACUGCUCCUCUUUCUCACAGGUUUUUGCUGAAAGCUGAAAAUCAGUCUAUUCCACUGUGCUUUGACAUCACUGGAAAUGAACGGCUUAAACUACUUCACAGUCCCAGCAGGGAGCUGUCUGUGAACGGUGAGCUGGACUCAGUUGCAGAUGGGGGCUUCACAAAGAUCGUCAUCCGCGUCAAAGCUGACCUGUACAUUGACAUUGACGUCAAUAACAUCAUUGUACGAGAUGGACAGACACUGACACCCCACACUGGAGAGGAGCUCAUCACAGCUGGAAGUGUGACGGUGAUUAAACGGAACAAGGAAGUCGAUGUCGCUACUGGGGACAUACGAAUUGUCAUCUUACUUCAUGAGAGACACGGUGAAAAAUUCCUGUGGCCGGUUUUAAGGCAGCAUCCAUCUGACAACAGCAUUGAAGGAAUUUUAGCUCUGAAACCUGCGGUUUAUGAGGAGCUGCAGCAAACUCCCUCUUCCAGGCUUAAGAUCAAUGAGCAGGAGGUGGAUGUGGACAGAUCCGGUGCUGUUGACUACAGUAUUGUCUCUCGCCCUACACUGGGUUGCUGGCUUGUCUCUGCCGAUGCUGCCCUGCAGAGACCCCUGGAUGACUUCAUCGUCGCACAGCUUUAAGUGAGAGCGACGCUGUAUCUCUUGAGAAGAUCAUCCACCUGUUAUACUCAACAUAAAUGAAUAAAUAGUGUCCCAGA